CCUGCAGGGCCUUGGAAGUGGCAGUGACCUCAUUUUCCCAAGAAUUCUCCAUUUAUGGAACCUUGGGUCAAUGGAGGCCAUUUGCAGUGAGAGUGUUGAUUGUUCAAAGAAGAGUUAUCGACAAGAGAAAGGAGGGGGCGACAAGUGACUUAUAAAAAGGUUGUUGACUCCCCUCCAACUUUCUAUACUUUUUCCUGGCUAUCACUGUCCACUAUUACUUCCACUCUCUCUCCACCCUAAAAACCCAUUAUCUACAUCCAUCUCUGUCCACAUUAAGAAAUCAUAUUUAUAUCAAUUUCCCCCCCAAACUCUUUACUCUAUCACCACUACCACAAUGUCUACCGAUCAGAAGCUCCGCAUCGUGUUCGCCUGCGACGAGGCCGGCCAGCCCUACAAGGAGGCUCUCAAAGCCGCUCUUGCGAAGAACCCCAACGUGGGUGAAAUUUUUGACGUGGGUGUCGACUCGACCUCCGACAAGACUGCCUAUCCUCACCCUGCCGUUAAUGGGGCCAAGCUUAUUCGCGAUGGUAAGGCUGACCGUGGUCUCUUCAUCUGUGGAACCGGUCUGGGUGUUGCCAUCUCCGCCAACAAAGUCCCUGGCAUUCGCGCUGUCACUGCGCACGACUCCUUCUCCGUUGAGCGUUCCAUCCUUAGUAAUGACGCCCAGGUUCUCUGCUUCGGCCAGCGGGUUAUUGGCAUUGAGCUUGCCAAGCGCCUUGCCAGCGAGUGGGUGACCUACCGCUUCGACCCCAAGAGCGCCUCAGCUCCCAAGGUCCAGGCGAUUAAGGACUAUGAGGCCGAGUUCGCUGCUGGUCAGUAAAUUCGAGCUCCUAGGUUACCCUGAGCCAGGCUCAAGUGGGCCCCCGCCCAAGCAACAUGAACCAUCGGACCGAGACCGACGUGGAGGAGGUCAAAAGACAUGUUUGUGAAAAGUCGAGUGCGCUCGUGACGGUGGACAGACUGAUCGAGAACCCCGUCUAGCCGUCUGAUACUCCACCGUGGGGGGAAUAAGCUGGGGAUAACGCUUGAUUCUUCCUCCCGCCGCUUUUUCCUCUUUUGUGUCUUCCGAGCGAAGCGACCUGGGAUGAUUAUUUCGGGACUUUCCUUAAUUUAUGAAGUGUUUUUUUAAUGACACGGUACAGUAGCAAAAUGAGUUAAUGAUACCAUGAGCGGAUAGGAUGCUUUUUGCGGGCCAAAGAUUCUCCUUUUUCUUCUUUUUC